AUGGACGCCCCGUAUGAUGCGGCGACUCCGGAAUACCCCGAGACCUUCACUGAGGACUUUGUCCGCUAUUGCCGCUCCCACCACCUCCCCCCGCAGCUCUUUUACGAGCUGAGCAAAGUGCUGGAAACGAUCCCGCGGUAUAUCCGCCUACGGCCACAGCGCAUGCGGGACCUGGUGACGCCUGCAGAGGAGGACAAUGUCGCGCUCGAGGACGCAACCAGUCGGCGGCGAUGCCAAAUCAAGGCCGGGAUUGCGGCGUCAUUUGGUAUUUCCUCCGCCAGUGUAGAGGAGGUGGAGUGGCUCCCAGAUCCGUAUUGCUACGCCGUUCCUCGCGGCGUGGCAAUGUGCCGCGCGGCUUUGUACCAAAGUGGCACUGUCUCCGCUAUGGACGCAGCUUCCAUGGCGGCGGUGGUGGCGCUGCGUCCGUCGCAGGGGGACCUGGUGUGGGAUGUCUGCUGCUCCCCCGGCAUGAAGAUGAGCCUCAUCGCGGACGCCAUUGGCGAAGCAGGCGUGGCGGUUGGGACGGACAUCAGUUUGCCUCGCUUGUUUACUGCACGUUCGGUGCUAAAAAAACAUCCGGUAGGUAAUGUUUGCUUGUUUGCAGCCGAUGGAACAUCUUUCUCUCUGAAGGCGGCUGCCGCAGCUCUCGAUGAGACGCCAUCCUCUCCGAAGGGCGGGAGGAAUGGCUUAACGCUGUGGGAAGAGCGGCAACUGCGGCGGCUUCAGAAGCGACAACACGAGUCCACCGUGGGCGCCGCGGCGACAUCCAGUGGCGUGAAGGUGGAAAAUAAAAUCAUGGUAGCUUUUUCCACAGACCCUGCGCGGGAGCGGCUCUACCGCAUCGUGGACAGAAUGAACGAGGAUCACGGAUUUGAUCGCGUCCUUGUUGACGCCGAGUGCUCGCACGAUGGAUCGCUUGCACACAUUUUUCUCAGUGACGCCACAAGGAAGCCUUUUGCCGCAGGUGAAGAUGCGCUGACGCCGGCUCCAGCGGGGAUUGAUAACGCACACCGUAUGCAACGGUUGAACUUGGCUCUCCAGCCGGAUAACACCGAUCCGGAGCUUCGAGAAGGGUCAUCUGCACUUAUGCGGCUCCAACUGGGCCUAAUUCAAAACGGCUACGCACAGCUGAAACCGGGUGGGACGCUGGUAUACUGCACCUGCUCAUUUACGUAUCAGCAGAAUGAGCUUGUUGUGCAGGAAGCAGUUUCUCGUGUAAACUCCAGCAAAGAGAUGAAGCAGCAGUACAAGGGUGAGGCUGUGAUAUGCCAUCCCUUUUCGUACACGCACGAAACAGUGAGUCCAGAGUCGAUAUCGCCCAUCGUGCGCCUAACGGAUGCGCAGGCUAAAUAUCUGCAGCAACGAUUAAAGGAGGACGCAGAUCCGUAUGGAAUUUGUCUCGCUGGGGAGGAGGAAAGCAGUAAUGCAGGAAGGCACAUCUUUACGGGGGUACGCUUCUGGCCACGAGCCUUCGCCACUAGCUUCCAGUUUAUUGCCAAGAUCUGGAAGCGGCCGCUGCCCCCCUCAAGUAACGAGUAA